CAGAGAUGACGGCAGCCAAACAACACAGUUGAAGCCCGUCUGGGAGAUUUCUCCUUUUAUCAAGAACAGCUUUUCUAAACAAAAACAAUAAAAAAACAACGAUACUAACAACAGCCAUGUCUGUGAAUUAUGCAGCCGGACUCUCGCCGUACGCAGACAAAGGCGUUUGCGGACUUCCGGAGAUGUUUGAUAAUCCCGAGGAGAUGAAGGCGAAGGCGGAAACCCUCGCUCAGUUGAUUAAAGAAUCUCAGUACUUGGUCGUUCACUCCGGAGCAGGAAUCAGCACCUCAGCAGGCAUCCCGGACUUCAGAGGUCCAAAGGGUGUGUGGACGUUAGAAGAAAAGGGUGAGUCACCUCGCUUUGACACGACAUUUGAAGAUGCCAGACCCAGCUUGACUCACAUGGCCCUCCUGGGACUGCAGAGGGCCGGGUACCUCAAGUAUCUCAUCAGCCAGAAUGUGGACGGACUGCAUGUGCGAUCAGGCUUCCCCAGGGAUAUGUUAUCAGAGCUUCAUGGAAACAUGUUUGUGGAGGAGUGUGAGAAGUGUGGCCGGCAGUAUGUUAGAGAAAAGGUGAUUGGUGUGAUGGGGCUGAAACCAACAGGACGUUACUGUGAGGUGGUACGAUCCAGAGGACUCAGAGCCUGCAGAGGAAAGCUGAUAAGCACUAUACUGGACUGGGAGGAUGCUCUUCCUGACCGAGACCUGAACAAAGCAGAUGAUGCCAGCAGACGAGCAGAUCUGGCACUGACGCUCGGCACCUCCUUGCAGAUAAAACCCAGUGGAGACCUUCCACUCCUCACCAAGCGGAAAGGAGGGAAAUUGGCCAUUGUCAACCUGCAGCCCACAAAACACGACAAGCAUGCAUACCUGCGUAUCAACGGUUACGUGGAUGAGGUGAUGAAACAGGUGAUGGAGUUGCUGGGUUUGGAUAUCCCAAAGUGGGAAGGUCCGACUGUCUGUGAGAGCUGCACAGCCACAUCCGAGUCCACCACUGAUGUCAAACCAAAGGUUAAAAAGGACCUCAUUAAGGAGGAGAGGAAGAGAGAAGCAACGGCACUAACAGACGGUGGGAGUGUUAAGGAGGAGAUGGUUUCAGUAAAGAGAGAAAGAGCUGACUCCUCAGUGGAGUUAAAUGAAGAAAAAUAGCCUCAUAGCCAUUUUUUUUUUUCCAACUUCACAACACAAACCCGUCCAGAAACAAACUUUACAACUGAGGUUGCUCAGUUUGAUCAAUUUCACAGAGGAUAGAGGUUCUUCUCAUCUUCCACCCUCUGAAGCGAAGACUCUUCUAGUACUGUAGUGGUUUUCUUAAUUCAGAUUUCUUACCCCUUACAGCCACAAUGAACUAUGAUGUUUAACUAACUCCUCCGCUGAAGUUGACCUCAUUAAACAAAAUUAGCUAAGUGAUCCAGGUGUCCCGGGUAAGAAGAGGACACGGCUUUAGGUAGGUGUUUGAUUAGGAAUCUUUUUAAUUUCUGGUCAAACAACUUGUAUAAUCAAACUUGCAGCUUUGCUUCAUUUGGAGGACCAGUCUUUAACAGACAAGACAACGGAUGGGGAUCUGGAGCACACGGUUAUAAAUAAAGCUUUUAAUAAGGUGAAUAAGCUGCACCUUAUUAUCAUUAUUAAAAGCUUUAUUUAUAACCGCGCGCUCCAGAUCUCAUCCCUACAGAUCUAGCCUUUAAAAACACCUUGGGUCAGUACUUCACAAGAAGAGUCUGACUGACUAGUAGCCUCAUACAGCUGCGGGGCAUUUUAGGUGAAACCUGUGUUUCCUGAACAAGCCAUUAUCUCUGGGGUUAUUAUGUCGCAUUGUAAAACAAUUUGAUACACAGCAAUGUUUUUUUGUUUUUUACCCGCAACAAUUAGAAUUGCAGAUUUUCUCCACAAUUGUCAAUCUGCUUAUCUCAUUGUACAAAAGAUGUCUCUUCCUCCAGCAAGAUGUAUAAUUCUUCCUAUUUUUGUGCGUAAGUGCAGCACCUGCUGCUGAUGGCAGUAAUAGGACCAUAAUCACGCUGUACGUUUCUCAGAAAAAGGUUUUUAUUUCAGGAAAAAAGCAUUGUACUGAUAGAAAAAUUCCCUUUACUGUUUUUUAUAUAUAUAUAUAUAUAUAUAUAUACAUGUUUUAUUUACAAUAAACACAGUAUGUUCCUGGUAGAA